GUAGCAGCAUUGUAUUGGGAAAAUACUUAAUUAGAAUAUAAAGGUCCUGCAUUAAAAUGUAAUUGAAGUAAAAGUGAAUAUACAGUUAAAUGUCUUUAAGUAACUAUGAAACAGUUCCCUUUCAGAAUGCUAAAUAAUGGACGUACAUACCAUACAUAUGGACUGAACAGACACACACUUUGCUCUGAAAUGUUGAGUAAAAGUAUUAAGGGCAACAAAAGGAAAUACUAAAGUACCUGAAAUACGUACUUACAUAACAUGCUUAAUAGACUUAGCCAGUACUUAGCCUAAAUGUAAUCAGAUAAUUCCAACCUUUGGUCUUAUUUACAUAAAUGAAUCAUUUCUCUGUGCGCGAGCCAUUCACUGUAUGUAGUGUUACAAGCACAGCCGUUUACGAGCUCGUGCAAGGUGUUAGCUAGCUUUAACAGCGUAACUUCGUAGCUAGCAAGAAACUAAAGACGAUUUUUAUGUAUCUAAUACGAUAUUAUAACUUUUUACUACAGUUGUUUGCUCUUUCUUAGACUAGUAAAAUGAUAAAGUUAAACUGUGUUAAUCUUGACAAGUUUAUGGAGGAGUUUACUCAACUAGAACAGAAAAUUACAGAGGUUAAUGGCAAAAACAACGUGCUGGAGAUCAUGCUGGAGGAUGCCAAUAGACUCAUGAAAUUCUAUGUGACCAAGGAGAAAAGUCUGACUGAGGAGAGAGACAGUCUUCUUAUCACAGUGAACAGACUGCAGCAGACUCUGGAGGAGCAGUGCAACCUCAGAGUGGAGAAUGAGAGACUGAAGAACGAUAUGGCGGACCUGAAACAACAGAAUGAGAAAACCGCAGAGGAUGGAGAGGCUGAGGUUCAGCGGCUGGUCAGUGAAAUGAGAGCAAAAGGAGAGAGACACAAGAGGGAGCUAGAGACUGUAAGACAUCAGUGCAGGAGAGAGGUGGAGGACGCCCACAGGGAGGCUUUAAAUCAGUUGGAAGCUAAAGAUGCUGAAGUAAAGAAGCUGCUGGAGAAAAAGGAUGUGGAUCUGGAGGAGAUGAAGAAAAGGCUGAAGGACCAGGAGAGGGAGAGGCAGAGUGAGCUUCUGAAGUUACAGAUGGAGUUUGGUGCGAAGUUAGCCAGAGUUCAGAGCACAGCUCAGUGGAGCCAGCAGCAGCAACAACAUGGCUCCAACCUUCUUCCACAGAGUGUCUUCAAGAGGAAGCUGCAAUUCUUCCAGGAGGAGAAGAACAAGGAGAUUGUGGUUCUGCGUCAGAGAAUCAAAGAGCUGGAAGAGAACCAGCGUGCCAGCUGCCUCAAAAACAGCCGUCUGAAGAAGAGAAAGAUCUAGUUUGUUUAGACGCUAACAAGCUAUUGACCUGUCAGCUCUGCAGGUGCACGAAACUCCUGACUUCCCAGGGGGCAGAAGUGACUAAAGUGUUUUGAAAUUUCCGGAUUUGUAUUUCAGUUUCAUUUCAAAGCAAAAUUCAAUUCCUCUUGAGUUGUUGACUUAUUUUACAGAUCAUUUAUUUAACUAUACUGCUUAUUGUGCACUGUCAUACUUGAUUAGAUUUGCAGUUUCACUGCCCUGCUUGUAGGUGACCAGUGUGCAGAGAGCACAUUUAAAGGCAUGCCAUAUUCCUGUCUAAGGCUUUAAUCCAAUCAGACGCCUGCAUGGGAGGGGGGGAGGGAGGGAGGAGGAGGCGUAGACGCAGGAGAAGCGCACUUCUGAGUGAAUCAGAUAGCUCUGAGGCCAAUCUCAUUCAGGGAAUUAAACAUGUUUAUCUCCUUUCAUUCAAAGAAAAAAGACAUGAUUUAACUAAUUUCUCUUAUUUUUUUUUUUCAGAUUCCUUUAAGUCAAACUUGUGUUCUACUAAUCUUGACAUUUUGGAAAAGUAGAGCUCAUGAGCACUUCCUGUAACUUGUGUUCAGUGAUUUCCCUUGUUGCUGUUGAUGUUGAUGAUAGGAAAGUAAAAGUCUGCAAAGA